UCCCUUCUGCCCGCCCGCAGCGACCAUGGGCGGCCCGCGCCACGGCCACUGCCCUGUCCCUGGAGCUCUGAGCGUCCUGCUGACUCUGGCCAUAGUCGGACUCCAGGAUUGUGGCGCCUCUGAACCCUGCAAAAUACACUGCCCCCUACGGUCCUCCUGUUUCAACGUCACAUCCUGCCGCUGUGACCCGGGCUUCAGGGCUCUUGAGGGCGAGAUCUUCACCAAUCCACUGGACAUCUGUGAAGACAUCAACGAGUGUGCCCCGAGCUUGAACGUGUCCUGCGGGAGGCUGGCGGACUGCGUGAACACGGAGGGCAGCUACCACUGCGAGUGCAUCUCGGGGUACCGACUGGCUUCCGGGGAGAGCAAGUUUAGGAACAAGAGCGAGAACACGUGUCGUGACGUGAACGAAUGCGACCUGGAACCGAGACCCUGCCACAAGACCACCCACUGUCUCAACUUCCUGUCGGGCUACAAGUGCCUCUGCCGUCCGGGCUGGAAGCCGGCUCCCGGGUCCCCUAACGGCCCCAACAAUACCAUCUGCGAAGAUGUGGACGAGUGUGCGUCUGGGACACACGAAUGCCCCAGUACCACCACCUGCGUCAACACUCCUGGCUCCUACAAAUGCCGCUGCCCUCCGGGCUGGAUGCCCAAAUUAAAAGCUGGAACCCCAAACACGGUCUGCCAAGAUGUGGACGAGUGCAUCACCGGACAACACACGUGCCACAACUCCACCGUCUGCAUCAACACUCAGGGCGCGUUCGUGUGCCAGUGUCGCCAGGGCUGGGUUCCCAAAGCCGGAUUCCAGAACACAGUCUGUGAAGAGAUCUCCUUCCCGGCCUGGAGCCCACCCUCUGGAAUCAGAAGCCAGACCCUCUCCCACUUCUUUCAAAGAGUGCAGGAUCUGAGCGCAAACUUUCAGUCAGAUAAAGCCCAGGAAACAGUCAAGAACCUCAUCACAUGUGUGGACGAGCUCCUGGAGUCCCCCGGGGACCUGGGGAGCCUGACCCUGUCUGAACGGCACCGCGCGGCCACCAACCUGCUCUCGGGCCUGGAGGUUGUCCUGAGGACUCUGGCCAGAGCCAUUCCGGACUCGUCCUUCACUUACACCUCCCCUUCCAGCACAGAGCUGACCUUGGUGCUCAAGGAGAGAGAGGAUGGAAACGUCACCAUGGGCCAGAGCCAUGCGCGGGUGAUGCUGAACUGGGCCGUGGCGGGUGCAGCCGGAGACUCGGGCCCUGCCGUGGCCGGUGUCUUCUCCAGCCGGAGCAUGGAGAAACUGGUGGCCAAUGCUUCCCUGGACCUGGACCCUGAGAAUCAGAUUCGGCUGGAAAGUAUCCACGAGAGCCCUGUCCAUGGGGCCCGGCUGCAGCUGCUCUCAGCCGUCAACUCCGUCUUUCUGAGCAAUCCCCACACGGAGAGUUUGGACUAUCCAGUUUACUUCGCCUUCUCCCACCCCGAGGAGACGCCUGGCGUGCGGCAGGAGCUGGUCUGCGCCUUCUGGAAGGCUGACGAGAAUGGAGCCGGGCGCUGGAACACCUCGGGCUGCCGGCUGAUGGGCAGCGCCAACGGCAGCAGCACCUGCAUCUGCGGUCACCUCAGCAGCUUCGCCAUCCUCAUGGCCCACUACAACGUGCAGGACCCGCGGCUGGCCCUCAUCACCAAGGUGGGCCUGUCGCUGUCGCUCAUCUGCCUGAUGCUGUGCAUUCUCACGUUCCUGCUGGUGCGGCCCAUCCAGGGCUCCCGCACCACCGUGCACCUGCACCUCUGCAUCUGCCUCUUCCUGGGCUCCACCAUCUUCCUGGUGGGCAUCGAGAACGAAGGCGGCGAGAUCGGGCUGCGCUGCCGCCUGGUGGCCGGACUGCUGCACUACUGCUUCCUGGCCGCCUUCUGCUGGAUGAGCCUGGAGGGCGUGGAGCUCUACUUCCUGGUGGUGCGCGUGUUCCAGGGCCAGAGCCCCGCGCGGCGCUGGCUCUACCUGCUGGGCUACGGCGUGCCGCUGCUCAUCGUGGGCAUCUCGGCCGCCGUGCGCAGCGAGGGCUACGGCCGCACCAUCUACUGCUGGCUGAACCCCGAAAAAGGCUUUCUCUGGAGUUUUCUGGGGCCCGUGACCUUCAUCAUUCUGUGCAACGCCAUCAUCUUUAUCACCACCGUCUGGAGGCUCACCCAAAAGUUCUCCGAGAUCAACCCUGAUAUGAAGAAACUGAGGAAGGCCAGGGUGCUGACCAUCACAGCCAUGGCGCAGCUCUUCGUGCUGGGUUGCACCUGGGUCUUCGGCCUGUUCCUCUUUGACCCGCACAGCUGGAUUCUGUCCUACACCUUCACAGUCCUCAACUGCCUGCAGGGUCUCUUCCUCUUCCUGCUGCACUGUGUGCUCAACAAGAAGGUGCGGGAGGAGUACCGCAAGUGGGCAGGCUUGGUCACAGGGAACAAGUACUCGGAGUUUGCCACCACCACCUCCGGCUCCAGCCAAAACCAGACUCGGGCACUCAGGCCCUCCGAGUCAGGCAUGUGACGACGCACAGGCCCCGCAGCUCUUGCACUGGCCAAAGAUUCUCCUUCCUGCUUCCCUGCACCUUUGCCUCUGCACAGGCAGAUGGUCCCUGCAGGCCGCAGUGUGCCCCAAGUGGAGGGUGGGGGGUGCAGCCCCCUGGUACAAACCCAUCUCUGCAAAGUCCAUGGCUGGGUGUGGCAUGGGGCAGCGGGUGUUGGUCAAGGUACA